CUACAUGAAAAGUUCUUCAAAAUAAGAAGUGUCAAGAAUAUUUUAUUUUAUCAAAUACUCCGUAACCAAUGAAAACGUAGAAAUAAACAAAAUUUUCACGACGGCUGAAAAAGCAAAUAUUCUAGAGUAUAUAUUUUAGGGGAGGGGGAGUAUUUGUUUUGUUCGGAAGUCAUUUUUUCCUUUUGUUGCGGAGGAACCUUGCACUCAGUGUUCUUCUUACCUGCCUCCGGCGGAGAAGCGUCGUGGCUGUGUCAGACUGUCGUCGUCCCUCGUCUUCUCCCCAGAUGAUCAGCCGAAUAAGAAUUUCUUCGAGACCCAGUUUCCAUUCCUUCACCCGUUUCUCAUCAUCGGCUACAUCUCUGGAUCUACGGAAUUGCAUAGCAUCUCUCCAAGCAUGUGCGAAGCAGAGGAAUCUCAAACCCGGCCGACAACUCCACGCCUUCAUGCUGGUGUCUGGACUUGUGAAUUCCUCCCCAAUCUGCAUCACCAGCCUGGUAAACAUGUACUCCAAGUGCAAUCCCAACUCCAUGUCUGAUGCUCUCUCUGUGUUCUCCACAUCACCUCCUCAGUCCCGCACCGUGUUCGUUUACAAUGCCCUUAUUUCUGGCUUUGUCGCUCAUGAUUCCCCCAAGGAAGUUCUUCAGAUUUACUCUGAAAUGAGAAUAUUUGGACUGGUUCCGGAUAAGUUCACUUUCCCUUGCGUGAUUAAGGCAGCUUCUUCUUGUAAACAAAUUUUAUGUAUGAAAAACUAUCAUGGUUUAGUGUUUAAGCUCGGGUUAGAGUUCGAUUCGUUUAUAGGCAGUGCAUUGAUGCACUCUUACUUGACAUUUGGCUUGACAGAGGACGCAGAGGAAGUGUUCGAUGAAUUGCCUGUAAGAGAUGAUGUUGUUCUUUGGAAUGCUAUGAUUAAUGGGUAUUCCCAGUCUGGAAAAUUUGACAGAGCGGUGGAGGUUUUUACCCGGAUGACAGAUGAUGAGGUUUCGCCCAAUAGAUUUACAAUUACUGGUGUCUUGUCAGCCCUUUCAAACACUGAAUCACUUCAUAGAGGAAGGGAGAUGCAUGGUUUUGUUAUAAGGAAAGGGCAUGAUGAAGGCAUUGCCGUUCAAAAUGCAUUAAUAGAUAUGUAUGGUAAAUGUAAACGAACCAGUGAUGCUCUCCAAGUCUUUGAGAUGAUGGAUGAGAAGGAUAUAUUCUCAUGGAACUCAAUACUAUGUGUUUAUGAACAAUGUGGUGAUAAUGAGGGAACCCUCAAACUUUUCAAGAGGAUGCUGUGUACUCAAAUGCAACCGGAUCUUGUCACUGUAACUACCGUCCUCCCCGCUUGUGCACAUUUGGCAGCUCUCAGGCACGGCAAGGAAAUUCACGCGUAUAUGAUUCUAAGCAUGCUAAAGAACAAUAAUUGUGACAAUGACUCUUACAUUGACAAUGCUAUAAUGGACAUGUAUGCGAAAUGCGGGAGUUUGGAUGAUGCUCAAAUGUUGUUUGACACGAUUAUAAAUAAAGAUGUUGCAUCAUGGAACAUCAUGAUUAAAGGGUAUGGCAUGCAUGGCCACGGGAAAAAAGCGUUGCACAUGUUUUCUCGUAUGUGUGAGAAGGGAGUGAAACCAGACGAGGUCACAUUUGUGGGAGUUUUGUCGGCUUGCAGCCAUUCAGGCCUUAUUGACCAAGGAAGGGACUUUCUUUUGAAUAUGCUACCCAUACACGGUAUUGUGCCUCGCAUAGAACACUACACGUGUGUGAUUGACAUGCUUGGCCGAGCUGGGCAGCUCAAAGCUGCAUAUGAUUUGUUAUUAGCAAUGCCUGUGAACCCCAACCCAGUAGUAUGGAGGGCGUUCCUAGCCGCUUGUCGUCUCCACGGGAAUGCUGACCUAGCAGUGGUUGCCGCAGGGAAGGUGCUUGAGCUCAAUCCAGAGCAUUGUGGGAAUUAUGUUAUGCUAUCAAAUGUUUAUGGGGCAGGUGACCGUUAUGAAGAGGUAACUGAAGUGAGGGAGGUCAUGAGGGCACAAGAUGUGAGGAAAGUACCCGGCUGCAGCUGGAUUGAGCUUAAUAAUGGUGUUCAUUCAUUCUUUACUUCUGACAAGACUCAUCCUGAAGGAGACCUAAUUUAUGCCGGAUUGAAUUCAUUGACUGCUAAACUGCGUGAACAUAAUGGGUACAGCGUGGAUGAUGCUUUGGAGUGCAGUUGAAAAGGCUCAUAAUGCUGAUGUACAGUGCUGAUUGGAAUCCUCAAUCCCCAUGAUGCCAGCUUUAUUGUCACUAGAUCUGCAGAUAAUACUGUCCGGCAUAAUCAAGUGGAGUUGGCUCACCCGUCCAUACCUUCGAAAAAUCACAACCCAGCAGCUCUGUGUACAGGGGAAAGAACGAAGGGGAACACGGAUUUAAAGUUAUUUGACGCAUGGUCGCAAGUUACGGCGCCGCCUCCUCUUCGUGUAACAAGGCUUAGUAUUUUCAUUAUUUGGGUUUAAAACUAGAAUGUAAUUAAAUCCAAUUCUUGAUAUGAUAUACUAUUUGUGUUACUUGUUUGAUUACGUGGAAAGAAUGAAGGUGAACACGAAACGAUAAAAUUUUGACGCGUGG